UAAGCGGCAGUCUCGCGAGUGUGACCUCCUGAGCUUUGAAAUAGCGAAGGAAGGCAAACGAGAGAGAGAGAGUGCGAUCCUUGGUCGCUGACCUAAGAGGAACGGCAACUGGAAGCCAAUGCCGUUCACAGCAAAAGCCUCGUUGUGAUAAUUUUACAUCAGCAAAAAAGAGUUUGGAUAUAUGAUGCCGUGUUUGGUGUAUGAAGCGGCAAAGCUGUCCUGGUAUUACCAUACUGCUAAAGGCAACGCAUGAUCUUCUGUUACGGUGACGGCUAAAUCGAUAUAAUAUAAUUAUUGUUAUUAUUAAAGCCGCUAAAAGAAAGGAGUGUGUGUCAUCUCGAAUUGGAUUUAUUACUUUCUACCACACGUCUAUAUGCAUUAACGUAGUUCUACAAGUGGUGAUAUCAUCGAUUCAACGACGACUACCGCUACUACUGCAACGGCUGUUGUGCGCUGCCGAAAAGUUAUCGUAAUUUGCGAAUUAAGUGCAGUUCGGAGAAGUUGUGCUGUGUGCUAACUUGCGAAAAGAAAAAAGUGCUUGCGGCUGUUCGGUGUAUUUGUGUAUAUUACGACCUCGUCAUUUAAAUGCAUACAAAUUCCGGAUAUUAUCAGUUCUGUCAAUUAAUGGAGUGUGGUAUCAUCAUAGAAAAAAGUUGGGUUAACUUCAGUAGUGGGCUGUAACGAGUUCGCUUGAAAACAAGCAGAAGUGACAAGUUAAAUGAGCACGAAAGCAAAAAGCUUAAAAAAGUAAAGUUCAGAGCAAAAAGAUAAUUACUACACAGUCACCUUUCAGUGUGUUGUGCCAUAACUUGGAUGAUAAACCUAUUGUGCGCCUUCGGAUAUCCUAGAUAUUAGACUAGUCCUCAGCAGCAACAGUAGCAGUAAGUGCUGCUACGGCGGCCAAGGAAAAGCAGGCUAUUGUAUGAUCAGUAAACAGUGAACGGACCGGACUAACUAAACUCUGAUUUUUGUCCAAAGGAUAGCUAAUAUUUAGUCAAGACGAGCUUCGUUCGGUCGUCUUUCUUUAGGGGCGCCCCUCCUGUUUCUUCUUGUUGUGUCGUUCUUCUUCGGUCACCGCUUCCCGUUCGCCGGCGUGUGCUAUCGUCUCGACUGGGCGGUUAGUACCGACUGGCAUCUGAGAUGGAUUGGUGUCCGGAACGAUCGUCCUGCAUAUAAGGAUGAACGACUAAGGCUAGCGACGGUCGUAGUCGGCAGUCGCCUGGAACCGGGGAGUCGCUCGAGCGCGCUCUCAAGCCGGUGAGCUUGAGUUGACGCCAGAGCUUAAGAACCAACCAGGCACCGGUCAUCGGCGGAGCCAUCAGCUAACAGGAUGACGACGCGGUUUGUUACCAUGUGGCCCCAACGGUUGUUGCGGCUGCUGCUUGUGGUGGCCUGUACGACAUCCAUCUGCUCCUCAGCUAGAAGAGUUCCUAACCCGCCAGUUACUCCUUCUCCCCGGAAUCGAGACCGGAUCCAAUACAAGACAGAGUACGCGUGUGAGGGCGGGACUCUCAACAUAUCCUGCAAGGACAACUAUAACAUCCAUUUGGUGCGCGCUAACUACGGCCGGUUAAGCGUCAGCAUUUGCAAUCCGCUGGCUAAAAUAGACAUGUCUGUCAACUGCAUGUCGUGGAAAUCGCACCUCAUCAUGGAGAAAAAGUGCAUGAAUAAGCAAUCAUGCAGUGUGCAGGUGUCCGCAAAGAACUUUGAUGAUCCUUGCCCCGGAACUAUCAAGUACCUGGAAGUCCAGUACAACUGUACCCUUGCGUCAUUGGCGGUCCCGUCCACGACAACGCCGUUACCCACUUUGCGGAACACGACUGCUGCCUCUGCUGAGGAGGACUCCGCUUCCACGAGUUCGACAACAACCACAGUUGCUCCGGUUAGUUCUACGACAAGAGUGGCUCCUUCAGCGAGCACUGCGCCACCUGAGCCUGCGGCGACGCAAUUUGAGAAUGAGGCAAUCGCACCGGAACCUCCGAAGUCCUUCCCGACAGAGGAGUCGGCUGAUCCAGUAGACUAUGACGGUACCGGCACCGGUGGCAAUCAGCCUACGGGCAAAAUGCUGUAUUGUGAACCGAGAACAUCGCGUGGCCUCCAUUGGAACUGGACGCGGGCCGGCAAUGUGCACGUACAAAAGUGCCCCGGUGGAGCAACAGGAUAUGCCCGUUGGCAUUGCGAUGCACUGGAGGGUCACUGGUACCCGUCGAAACCGGAUCUGAAACAGUGCAAGUCGCUAUGGGUCGAAAGUCUGAUGGAUCGGCUUGCCAAGGAGGAGUCCUUGACGCAACUGGCAUCCGACCUUAAAUCAUUUACGAACAAUAAGGAGAUCUUCAGUACGGACGUAAAGGAGAUUUCAAAGCUAAUGCAAGGGAUGCUGAGCCGACUGGGAUCAAGCGGAGUCGACCAUACUAUCGAUAUGUGGCACCGUGAACAGAUUUAUAAGGAACUCUUGUUGGAGUUCGUUGCGACGAUGUCAAACCUGCUCGAGGAAAAACAUCAGGAAGCGUGGGCAGAUUUGAACCCUGCCGAACAGAAGCAGAUUCUCACCAGGCUCAUGACAGCGCUCGAGGAGAACGCCGUCUUACUGUCAGACACGUUUACACAGGAGACCAACUACCCAGUCGUCAAGAAUAACAUCUUAAUGUCUGUACGAGCUAUCGAUUCGUGGCGUAAUAUGAACGUAUACUUUCCUUCGAUUGCGGACCGCGAACGAGAUCAAAAUUGGUCAGCGAUGCAGGAUUCGAUCCUACUUCCAAUCGAAGCUAUUCAGCAAUUUUAUAAGCAGAGCAGCCUUCGAAGGCUGAUCUUCGUAGCCUACAACAACCUUGACACGUUUCUCGUUCCUGAGCCGGAAGGUCGCUUUCCUCGGCCGACGUUUGACAAUCUGGCCAAUGGCUUUAUCAAUUCACGAAUUGUGUCAGCAUCCAUUGGACAUCAGGGCGACAAUCGUCUGGCAUUGCCUUUGCAAGUCACACUACGCCAUUUGCAAGAAGGCCUGCUUUCAGAUCCGCAGUGCGUUUAUUGGAACACUAAUUCAGAUUCAUGGUCAUCCGAGGGCUGCUGGGUACAGUCGAGCAAUAGGUCCUAUACCAUUUGCACUUGCGAUCAUCUGGGCAAUUUUGCAGUACUCAUGGAAGGACCGGCACAAAAUGACGCCGCGCAGAAACCAUUUGACCAACGACUCGUCGUCACAAUCGGCUGCUGCGUGACGCUCGGAUUCUGCUGUAUUGCCUUCCUGCUUUUGUUCUUAUUAAAACUGCACAAAACAGACCAGCUAUGGGUGCACCGGAACCUCGCGCUUAAUCUACUUCUGUCCGAAUUCAUCUUUGUGGUCGGCAUUAACCAGACGCAUCAGAACCUCUUGUGCAGUGUGGUCGCUGCACUCCUGCAGUACUUUCUGCUUGUAUCACUGACAUGGACCUUCUUCGAAGGAUUCCACGUCUACAACAGUCUGGUCGAGCCUAUGGAGAUUCACAAAUCAAAACUGCGUUGUUACGCGAUCCUUGCAUAUGUCCCGCCCGCGAUCGUGACCGCUAUAUCGAUGCUGAUCGACCCCAGCAGUUUCGGCACACCAAAAUACUGCUGGCUUCGAUCCGAUAACUACUUUAUCUUCAGCUUCAUUGCGCCCAUGGUGGGAAUUAUCUUCGGCUGUGUUGUGUUCGUAUGUAUAAGUGUAUGCAUCCUUUGCAACCAGGGCGGAUUGGCGACUAGCGUCAAAGGUAAAGAAGAAGAUAAGGUACAUGCCGUAAGGUCCUAUCUAUACUGGAUCAGCGUUCUACUUGUGUUCAUGACGUUCACAUGGGCGUCCUCUGUCGUCUACGUCGCCAAAUUCAACAUGACUUGGGCGAUUAUCUUCGCUGUCUUCAACUCAUUGCUCGGCCUAUUCCUGCUUAUCUUCACCUGCUGGAAAAACGAAGCGUUCCAGGACCGGUAUGGACACACCCUUGCCAACUCGCGUUGGCUACCUAACUGCCUGAAGCGCUGUCUGUUCGGGGGACGAAAUCAGCUGGCGAUCGACGUGAGCGUCAACAGCGGAAACGGCGCCCCCCUUCAUCCCCACCCUUCGUGGAAUACGGAUCACAAAGCGGUAUCGGGGCUUACGGCGCAGUCUCUCGGCCAGAUCCCGGUGGUUCAGCAGCAGCAUCACCACCAUCAUCUUCAGCAGCAUCAGGGCGUCACCGUGGCAACCAUGGCGGGAGGGGGCAAAUUUACAAUACCUGUUCGCCCAUCUAUGGCGGACAGAGCGGGGGACAGUUCGGCAGCGAUUCUAGUUCUUACACCGCAGACCAUCAACAUCGGAUCGAACGGGACAGUGAGCAACGGGACGGGUGCGACAUCGGUAGUGGGAUCAAACGUCAUAGGCAGCAGCAGCAGCAGCGGAGUAGUCAACGCCAACGACCGCGCACGUUCUAUGGCCAUGGCAAUGAACAGCUCUCUUAGCAAAUCGCAGCAUAACCUCGCGCUAGAAGCCAUGGGGAUAGCUGGUAGCCAGGGCGGCCACCCUCACCAUACGCUAGGCAGUAAACAACUCCAGGGUCAGUGGGUUCAGUGGCGCGGGACACGAGCUGGUCCUGCCAGUGCUGGCCAAGCUGGGCCUUAUUCAGAAGCAUCGAGCGUGUAUUCGGCAUUCGCGGACCACAUCUACGAGUCGAUUGACGUGGGAGGAGGAGCUGCGGCGUCAAUGGUGCCUCCACCCGCGCCUGCAGACUCCACGCCCAAUAUACUCUACGGCAACACGGCCGACAUGAGUCUAACAUCAGCGGAUGCGUAUGAGCAACGCCAGCCAUUAAUCAGCAAGUAUCCAUCGAUUUCGAAUCAGCUCGACGCAACGUUGGCGCGUAUGACACCAUCUGAACGGGCGGCCACAACUCGCCGGGCGAAACAGAUCGCUGCGUCCACACCUGUCGUCCAGGUAAAUGGCCAACUGUUCACGCCACAGCAGCUGUAUGAGGUGGCACUAACGCAGGCGCUGCAGGUGUCCGCUAAGAUGGAAGAAGAGCGUGCAGCUGUCCAGCAACAGCUGUUAGCUGCCCAGCAAACGCCGUCGCCUCACGACAAUCAGGUGAUCGCCGUUCUUGACGGUGAGAAGGUCGUCAGCCGCAUCAACCCAUUAGAUUCGCCAUCCGGCUCGUCCAAUUCCUCGUCGUCAUCCGCGUCGUCCGAUGGCAGCCCCAGCAGUGGUGGGCUUAGCAAUCCCCAACCGCCGAGGUACAACCUAAGUACAUAUUGUUAAUAAUUAAUGUACAUACGAGGUCCGUCCAGGUUGAUCGAUACCAGAUCCACCCCAUUGGGCCAUUAGACUAGGUUCAAAAGUAAGAAAGAAACAAAAUGUGAAAAGUUCGACGUGAAUACCUGUGUAUGUUCUCGUCCUGUGUGUGCGCGUAACACGCAUAAUGCAUUAUGUAUCAGGCCAGAAUUUCUUUUGGAAACACGCAAAACAGUGAAGUAUUGAGAAGCAAGAAAUCGUCGCUGAAAAAGCCUCUGCAUAAAGGUGUCCGAAGAAUAAAUUUGACUCAUUGCGAAUAAUUAAAAAAUAGAAGGCCAACAAGAAGCACACUGCUGUAUCCGGACGCCGCCCCAGUGGAAAUAAACAGAAAAACAUGGACGCUGUUCGGUGGAAAAACAAGCUCUAAAAAGUACUUACAGUUUAAUUGGUACACAGAAGUGUCGAGUACGAGAGCGAAAAGGCUGGGCGCAGCGAGCCGGCUGUAUAUUUAUUCUGUGUAUAUUCCACUGCUAUUAAGUGAAAUACUGCCCCAUCGUAGCACCUUCAGAACGACCAGACUGCCGUAUCGGACAGCCCGAAGUUUGAAGGUGUUGUUGGAAGCCACUAUAAGAACCCACCCAUUGAAUUGACCGCGCAUGGACGGUCAAAACAGGGCAACAAACACAAGAACACCCGGAGAAACAUGGUCUUUGUGAUGCCGUUCGCCAGGGCCAAUGUAACCACAUACGCUGUAAAAAAAGAUAUUUGUCCAAUGCUAUUUAAUACUAACGAUGAUAAUAAAUGAAGCCAUUAAGUGUUCCGUAAAACCGUUACAACUAUAGUGGAAAUACUUGCCAGAGGCAGUUCUUACUUGGAGCUGCAUUAAAACCGGGCCAAGGUAUCCGACACUGUCGAUUUUCCGUCAACACUACUUAUACCGCAAACAAAUAUAAAAGUACUGUUAAUUUUUCAGGCUCAAGAAAACGCCUGACCCAACCGAAAGAAAAAAUCUGCCUCAAAAUUCAUUCAUAAAUCGAGUGUAACCCUAAAACUGAACAGAAACCCUAGAACAGAAAAAGAGAGAGAGAGAGAAAACAGGCGCCAGGCAAUUCGGACGAAAAACAUGAUGGUGAUCUAUUGUGAAGAUAACUGUAAUUUCGAUGGAAAAUCUGAGUAUCAGAAAGCUGAGUAUCUUUAACUAGUAUGCUAGAUAAUUAUAUAGAAUCAAACACACAAUCUUUGUUUGUAUAUAUAAAUGAUGAUGACAAAAUGAGAAAGAAAUAUAAACAGAAACUACUUUCUGUUGCUACGAAAAUAUAACACGAAACAAAGAGUCGAUGAUGAUCACGAUGACGAUAGUAUAGUUUACAACAACGACAACAGUAACAAUAAAAACAACAAUAAAGCUGAAGGGAUACAACGCAAUGUGAAGUCGCCAACCACAAAUAGGUUGACGACAACUGCCGGCGUGCCGCCACCACGACUGAAAUCUCAAUCAAAAAACCUGUUUUCUUUCUUUUUGCUUCGACAUAGAUAUAAUAGUAGCGAUUUAAAAAAUAAACAUUCUGUAUACACUGUGUAUACCAGACGUCAGGCGAAGAGUGAAAUGACUGCUAUAAGCUGGAAGACUAAAUACAACAGCAGCAAAGAAUUGACCCAGCGAUUUCUUCUAGUCGAAAGCCGGCCCAUUCAGGCAAGACACGUAAAUAACACGACAAAGCUGGCGUUUUCGAAGAAAUUUUCGAUUUUAUGCAUUGUAGCAUCCCCAAUAAAGACACACUGACACGCACGGACGCAGACAGUACUACAGAGGUACAUUGAGAUUAUUAUAUUGUGUGCAAAAGUCACCUUACACUGCAAUUGCUCGAGCCGCUUCCUUGAAAAUAACCACGAUAAUUAUUCCUAUUAUUACAAUGAUUGAUGAAAUGUCUUUUGUGCAUACCAUGUACAUACAUUAUACAUAUAAACAUUGCUGCAAGUAAAAAUAAAGAUGAUAAGAAGAUACUUUCACACUUCGAUGAUAACAGGAAGCAAUCAAUUAUUUCAUAAAGAUCGACAACUUUUGCAGAAUGAAAAAAAAAAUGGGGGGAAAAGAGAUAGUAAACACUCAGGGGAGUACCUAAAACAGUAUAUAGGUCCUAAUAAAUUGGUCACUUUGGAAUAGUCUAAGUUGAAGAAGGCGGUAGUUCGAUUGGUAUCAACUAGAAUUCGCCGAAACGUUAGCGCGUCAUAAUCGAGCGCCGGAUCACAGAUGAGGGUAUUCACCGUAGUCACUGAGCAGACGACGCACGGACACCGAUCACUCCUUUAACGAGAAUUAGGUAGGGAGGAAGGGUCGAAUAAUUGACAAACGAUUGGUUAUUGAUAUUGGUUUCGAUUUAUGUGCAGCCCGAAGGGUAAAGGCAGAGAGAAAUGACGGAGCGAAAGCAAGAGCGCUGACCCAGUUGUGCUUCCAAGCUUUCCCAGUCACCCAUGCGGUUCGCGGGCUGGCGUUGAAACACCUCACACGACUCAGUUGGACACUGCAGUUUCGUCUGCUUCAUAUAAUAUUUUUCAAUGGCAAUUCGGCCAAAUAUGGCCGUAAGUUUCGCUUUUGUAAAUAUUCUCCCGUUACACCCGCGCACACACAGGGACACGCAUGCACCAUACGCAGAUGAGCACACGAUAAACCCAAUAGAAUUGACACCUACAUAAGGCGACAGAUAGGGCGCAGGCAUGGUUACGUAGAGAACUGAAACCGCUAGCGCUCACUGUAUGUACAGUGUAAGGACAUACAAACAAAAUCGAAUAGCCGGACACAUCAAGGUGGCAAACAACUGAACAAUGCUACCCCCUGUGGAAAGAAUCAAGAAAUCAGGCAAACUGACCUUGAGCACGCGCUGAAAAUGUAAUCGGACCGACCCUUGCGUACACGUGAAUUAGAUAGACUAUAGACUAACUACAGGAACGGAUAAAAUAGCACACAAAGCUCAACGAUCAUAUUUUCCAGUAUGAAGGAAAGACAAGCCUUACUGAUAUCGAAGCGUACGUAUAAAAGAUCAGUAAUUGCCGACGCGAGUAGAACGGGCUGUUUUCGUACAUACAGAAUACAAACACGUCUGAUGUUGCGUCGGAUGCCAGGUGUGUGUGCGCGUGACACAUUUGUUUCAGUUCACGAUUACGUACAUAUGGUAAUUUCCGAUGAUAGUAUCAUUGAAACUACUAUUAUCACUGAUAGAAGAUUAAGCACCAGUCGAACGGAAUAAAGAUACUAACACUAUAGACGAUGUCAAUAAGUAGUAGCCGAAUGAAUAUGAUCAUGAAGGUACUAAUAAAGACUAUGUAAGUAAGUAUUGAAAUGCCGAGGGGUUCAAAGAAUACACACGAAUAGAGACAAAGCGUGGACAAAACGCACUGUACCCGCACAAGUUUAAUUAGGAAAAGUUGUCUAUUGGCCUUGAACCUAGUUAGAACCGAUUUAGAGGCUGCGCGCUCGGGGCCGCUUGUGUAGUUUAUAUUGAUAAUCUAAUCACUCAUAUUCGUAUGCUUGGAUCGUGCCCAAAUGUAAACAACCCUGUGUAUAAAGAUCUUGGUCAGUUUUUUAACUUAAGCUGUUUUUUUUUUUUUUUUUUUUCGCUCCUCUUUCAAUUAAUAUACACUCUACUUGUACCUAUACCUUACGAGGUGUUAGAAAUAGAUAAAACUUUUACCUGGAUGAUCGUUUUGUUGACUCGUCGUACUGUGAAGCCGACAAUUGUUUUAGUUGCCAUUCUAUUCGUUUGUUUGUUUGUUGUCAAUGGCUGGUUUCGACCUUUCCUGGUAACCGCUUUCCUCCGCUAUCUUUCGAUUACGUUUUAGUCUCGAUUGAACAAAAGCGAAGACGAACUCCAUAUAGCGCGCGGCACUCGAUCUCGAGGCGAAGACAAAAAGCACGGGGUUGUCCGUCAAAGACCGACAGACGGACACGGAACGGAACACGUUCUUUAGCGCGCUACGCAAUAGCGAAACUGAGACGAAAAAGGGCGGUAGGGCAUGCGGGCGAACGAGAAACUUAAACGACAGACAGGGAACGAUCGCUCUACAGCAACAGGAACAGAGUAGCAGUAUAGAAAAGGUCAUCGGAAAAGUCGAAGUAAAACCGGAAGCCCCCCCCCC